GCCCACCGGCCACACCCCCCGCCGAAACCACCGGCCAGCGGCCAUGGCGAGCCCCCCGAGCCCCGCCUCGCCGGGGAGCUACCGGGCGGAGUUCCGGCAGCUGCGGGCGGCGCUGCUGCAGAUGAAGGAGGAGCAGACCGCGUUACUGGACUGCCUGGUGCAGAGCAAAUUGCUGCGGCCCUGUGCCUUUGCGGCCUCCUUGCACAGGCGGCGCUUCGCGGCGGCGCUGAAGGCCUCGCCCUGCAGCUUCGAUGCCAACCUGCUGGACGUGCUGGAGGAGCCAGCGCACAUCGCCCUGCAGACCGCGCGCUACGGCGGCACGCAGAUGAUGCACGCACUCAAGGCCUCCUGCCGCUCAAUGGCCGGCAAGCUGGCAGAGCGCCGGCCCGCCAUUCAGGAAGCGCUCACCUGGCUGUACGUGUGCGGCGGCAGCGAUCACCAACAGGUGCGGAGCUCGGUGGAGCGCCUGGACCCCUCCUCCGGCCAGUGGGAGGCGCUACCUCCCAUGCUGCAGCGCCGCUUCGGCAACACCUCCGCGGUGCUCGACGGCUGCCUGUACGUGUGCGGUGGCUCGGAGGACCACGUCGCAUUGAACUCUGCGGAGCGCUUCAACCCAGCGCUAGGCUUUUGGCAGCCCCUGGCCCCCAUGAUCCUCCCCCGGAUCCAUUCCUCUGCCUUGGCGAUGCACGGGCGGCUGGUGCUCUGCGGAGGCCACAAUCCUGCAGGGUCGGGGAUUGAGUCGAUCCGCGCCUGCGAGUGCUACGACCCCCGGCUGGAGGCCUGGCUGCCUCUGCCGCCUAUGCCCUACUGCCGCAUGGCCGCGUGCCUGGCGCUCCUCCGCGAAGUGCUCCACGUCUGCGGGGGCUUCAACGGCCGCGAGGCCUUAAGCUCUACGGAACGCCUGGUGGUGGAGUCUGGGGGCUGGCAGGCGCUGCCGCCGAUGACGGAAGGCCGGUUUUGGGCGGCCUCCUGCGUCUUGGACGACUGUCUCCUGGUUUGUUCUGGCAACAACGGCCAGGAGGUCCUUCUUUCCACGGAGCGCUUUGAUCCCGUGGCCUGCGUCUGGGAAACGCUUCAGCCGAUGCAGAGGCUCCGCACCGGCGCCGCGGCCCAGGUGCUGGCUGGACGCCUCUUCCUUUGCGGAGGCCACGACCAGAAUGGGGUCCAGGACAGCGUGGAGUACUUUGACCCGGAGAUGGGCGCAUGGAAGGCUGCAGCGCCCAUGCUGCAGCGCCGCAGCGGGGCCACGGCCACGCUGCUGGGGAACUGCUUGGUGCUUCUGGGCGGCAACGAUGGCACCCAGGUGCUGGAUACUGCAGAGGCCUACGAUCCCGAAGCGGAUGUCUGGCGGCCUCUACAGCCUAUGACCAAGCGAAGGGCGGGCGCCUAUGCAGCAGCCCUCAUCGUUUAGACCUUUUUCGCACCCAGCGACGGCGACUCGAGCCGCCGAUCUCCAGGCGGCAACGUUUUCGCGGCUCAGCUGAGUCCGCGCGAAGCUCCCCGAAGUGGCUGAGCUG